CUGCGACACGGUGCAAAUGUAGAAAUAAAUUAGUAAAUCAUAGAAUAAUGAAAUUUAGUUGAUUUAGAAUUUUACAAAAUGAGCGAAGGAGAGCAAAUUACGCUAGAAGGACAAGCUGUUGAAGAAAUUCUGAAAGAAGCGAGAAGAUCAAAGGAGCUUGCAAAUGACUUGGGAGCAUUUGGAUGGAAGAAACGAGAUGCUCUGCCAAAUAAACGUUUCCUAAAUAACACCUUGGUAAGCACACUUAGACAUGGCUACAGGGAAGACAAAAAGCACAGUAUUGGAAGUAAUAGAAAAUAUAAUGAUCAUAUGAACAAGCGGCACACACGGACCAGAAAUUAUUAUGGUAACCAUGGUAACAGACAAGAAAUCAUUGAACCUGAACCGGACGGCCCAGAACCUGACUACGGAGAAUUCGAUGCAAUUGCUUACUCGGACAAAUGUACAGAUUUGUAUAUUAGAGAUUCACAUCGGAAACAUUCCUUUAUGAAAGGCAACUUUGUAGAGAAACGUCACAAAGGUAGUUCAUCCGAGUCAGAGGAGUCUUACACAGAAUAUGACGAGCCUCAGUCAAACAAACAUCAUCAUGAUAAGUUUAAAAGCAAAUGGUCAGAUACUGGCUCUGCUGAUGAGUAUGCUGAGGAGUUUAAGGAAACCUCUAAUAAAAGAAAUCCAAAUGAUGAAAAGAAGCACAGUCCAAGGACACAUACUUCACACCGUCCUCACAGAAAAGACAAAAAAGAAUCUCACAGACACUCAAAUUUCAAUGACAGUGGUAAAAAUAAAACAGGUCAUUCUUAUAAAGACUAUGAUUACAAAAGAAAAAACUAUGAAAGAAUUAAUGAUGGUGCUGGAACAUCAAGGCAGAGUGAAGGUAGUGAGUAUACUGAAGAGAAUGCCAUAGAACAUUAUCAAAGUAGAAAGAAAAUGAAGAAAGAGAAAAUAUUUAUACCAGAAACUGAUGAAGAGACUGAUAAAGAAUGUUUAAAUUCAGGUACAGAAUCUGCUGAUAAUACUGAUAAACCUGUAAAGAAUAAAGGUAAAGGAAAAAAAUCCAGAAAAAUACCUCAUGAUGGUAAAGAUUUGUGGGAAAAAAUCAGUUCCAGAAGCAUGUAUGCUGAUAUAGAGGAAAUGAAAAUGAAUAAAGAUGCAGGAAUUCUUGAUCAAAUAGAUAAAAAGGAAAAUAGUAGAAAUUUUAAGCAAAUGAAAUUAGAUAGGGAAGAAAGCAGACGGAAAUUUCUGAAACAGAAACAAAGAGAAGAGGAAGAGGAAUUGCAAAGGUUAGCAGAAUUAGAAAAAGAGGAAGAAGAAAAAAGAGAUGAAGCUGAGAGGGAAAGAAAAGAAGAAUCAUUAAAGCGCCUUGCAGAUAGGAAAAGAAAAGAAACAGAAAUGCGACAUGAAUCUGAAAGAGCAAGAAACGAAGUUAAAAUGAGAAGAUCAGCUGACAUGCACAGGCAGGAAGAACAGAUGAGAUUGGCAGCUUUUGAGCAUUUUAGAGGGCGUCCUCAAAGAGGACCAUUUCGGGGUAGGCCAUUUAUGAGAGGUAGACCUUUCUUUAGAGGUAGACCUCCAAGAGGUUUUAGAGGAGGGUUUCCCAUGUUUCCUCCAGUAAAUCCUUUCUAUGCAGGUUUCUUUAAUGAAAUUGAUCCAUACCUGUUACAAAAGUUUAUUAAAGAAUAUGGUCAUAAACUAAUAAGAAAAUCCAAAAGACGUGGAUAUAGUUCGGAAUCAAGAUCCAGAUCACGGUCAAAGUCUAGGUCUCAUAGAUAUAAAAAGAAGAAAAGAAGACACUAUUCGGACAGUGAUACAAGCAGUUCAAGAGACAGAUCUAGGAGUCAUUCUAAAAGAUACUCUAGGUAUAGUUCAAGCUCUUCAAGAAGUCGCUCAAGAAGUUACUCUAAACAUAGGUCUAGAGGCCGAACAAGAAGUAGCUCUAGAAAUAGAUCCAGAAACCGUACCAAAAGUGGUUCUAGGAGGAAGUCUAGAGAGCGCUCUAGGAGCAGAUCAAGAUCACACAGGUACAGCUCAGACAGACAUUCAAAAAGUAGAUCUAGAAGUCAUUCAAGAAAUAGAAGAUCUGAUAGUUCUUAUUCAAGUAAAAGAUCUGAUUCUCAUAGAAGUGAUUCUGAACAGUCAGAGAGUCAUAAAAAACAUAAAAAAUCAGGGAGACAUAAAAAGUCUAAACACAGGAAACAUUCAAAGAGUAAGAAAAAGUCAAAGAAGUCAAGUGAAUCUGAAGAUGAUGUGAGUAGUAACCAUGAUGAUGAUGAUUUAGAUAAUGAAAGUAAUAUAGAAGAAAGUGAAAAAUCUGUAGACUAUGAAAAUGAUAUUGAAGAGAGUGAAAAAUCUGUCGAAAAUGAAGAGCAAUAUUCAGACACUGGUGUUGAAGCAGAGGAAGGAGAAGUAUCUGAUGGAGAGAUUGUAUCAGAUGGUAAUGGUGGCCUCGAAACUGUAUCUGAUGAGGAGAGUGGGGAAGCUUGGAGUAGCUCUUCAGAAGAUGGUGCAAUAGACUAAUAAAUUUGCCAAAAUUUGUGGGAUAUACAUUAAUAUUUGGUCUUUAAGGUGCCAUUAUGUUCAUUUUCUUUCUUAUGCAGUUGAGCUGAAUUGGUGAUAUGUAACAGUUGAUACUGAAAAAUAAUAAGGAUGAAAUAUAAAUCUGUCAAAGUUAUAAAAAAAAUACACUUUUUAUAAAUUGAACAUUACAGGUAAAUUCCUAUGGAUAUUUACAGAAAUUUUCUUUGAUCAUGUGAGUUAUUUAUCAUUCUUGCCAAGUAAAUUAUUGAAUUUAAAGGAAUUAUGGAAAAAUGUAAACUUAUUUUGACUUUUACCAGUUCAAUCACUAUAUACCCUUAGAUGGGCAUUAUGUCACUUUGAAUAUUAUUUUUUUUUGUACUUGUGGAUAAUUAAUUUUAGAGAUAUCUUACAAAUUCUGAUAAAACAACAUAAUGUUUUUGACAAAAAGAUGAAAAUGUGUGGCUGUUGUGUAUGGGUAUAUAAAGGAUGUUGAUAUCAAUUUUAUCCACAUUGUGAUCAUUUCUGUAAGAGGGUAGAAAAAUUUAAAUGUUUUCAUAAUAAAAGAAUUGUUGAUUUUUGAUAAAAGAAUUGUUGAUUUUUGAUUACUUUAUUGAUGUAUUUAGAUAUGUUUUAUAAAGGUUGUACAAAAUCUGAUGUUUAUUGUGGCAUAUUUUAUUUUUCUAAACUUUUGAUUUUGAACUUUUUCGGCAAAACAUGUAAAUAUGGUCUCAGAAUUGGUCUUACUUUAUGUCACUUCACACUUGUGAUUCUCAGGUACCCCUUUCAAAAAUUGUUCAAACAUUUUGAUCUUUAUAAAAAUUGUGGUUGCUUUGAGAUAAUUAUUGGUAAUAUAAUUUUGUAAGACCUACUUGAAGGUAUUUUUCUAAAAGAUUUUUGUGUCUAAAAAUAAAUAAAUACAUCCAAUAAAAAGAAAACUACAUGUUUGUAUUGAAAAUUCAAUAAUAUGACUCAAAGGUCAAGGUCAUUUUCAAGUUAAGGUCAUUCAUAUAUUGCUUAAUUAGCAUGAAGGUUUUUAUGCUAAGUGUUUUAUGAAUUAAAUUGACCGACAAGUAACAAAUGUAUGGUCAAUUUUAGCAAAAAUCAUUAAUGUUACGAUUAAGGUCAAGCUUUUAUGAAGGUUAAGUUAAGUUUGAUAUAUUGAAGUAUCUUCCUGUAUGAAGACACUUUAAAUUACAGCCAAAUAAGAAAAUGUUAUGGUCUGUUUCAGCAGAAAUCAAGAAAACAACCUUAAUGGCCAAGGUCAGUUAUUAGUCAAACACUUUUACUCCUGUCAAAUGUUAUCAAAAAUAGUUCAGAGGUUUUUGAGAAGCUCACACAGACAUUCAGGUGGUCAGACUAACAGACAUACCACCACAAACCAUUUAACCCCCUCACAAUUAUAAUAUGUGUGAUGGGGGUGGGUGUGUCAACAUGUGAUUUAUAGAUACCGGUAGUUAUUUUUGUAUGCAUAAGAUAAAAGAUGUUCCAGAUGUUGUAUAGACUGGUAAUUUAGAAUAUAAUCUGAGGGCAAGUGUCUCUCUAUUUAAUUGAAUUUUAUGAUUAUCUUUUGUUUAUUGCAGGAUUUUUCACAUAUAACCUUACAUACUUAAAUUAUGUUACAGCUGAAAUAUGGGGAUAUUUAAUUAAAUUGUAAUUUGGUUUAUUGUUGAUAUUAUUGGGGAAAACAAAUCUGCAGUAUAACGAUAGAUAUAAUAUUAUAUGUGGUUAAAAAGUAAUAUUGACAAAACAGAAUUGGAAAAUUUGUUAUAAAUAAUGUGGCAAAAACUAUUUUAGUGAAUUAAAUAAAGCAAUAAAAAAUGUAAAAAAAAAUUGUUCAUUUUCCAAAUGUUCAGGUCAGUAAAGACAGUGCAAGUUGAAAUUUUGAUUUGAUGUGUUUACUGGUAUAUAUACCUGUAAAUAUUUUUGCAUAUACAUGUAAUGUAAUGAACUUUGCCUUUCAUGUGGUAAUAAUUUUGUGACAGCUGUCUAUUUUUAGCUCACCUGUCACAAAGCUUUUGUGAUCGCUUUUCGUCCGACGUCCGGCCGUAAUCUUUUACUUUAAACAACAUCUCCUCAUAAAUCACUAAGCCAAUUUCAUCCAAACUUCACAGGAAUGUUCCUUUGGUAGCCAUGGCAACCGAAAGAAAAAACUUAAAAUAUCUUCUUUUAGAAAACCGUAAGAGCUAGAGCUUAAAUAUUUGGCAUAAAACAUCAUCUAGUCAGUGUCUACCAAGUUUGUUCAAAUAAAUGCCCUGGGGUCAAAAUUGGCCCCGCCCGGGGGUCAUUGAUUUUCCUUAUUUGUAUAUAGUAAAAACUUAAAAAAUCUUCUUUUAAAAAACCCAAAUAGCUAGAGCUUAGCUAUUAAGCAUGAAACAUCUUCUAGUGGGUGUCUACCAAGUUUGUUCAAAUAAAAGCCCUGGGGUCAAAAUUGGCCCCACCCCAGGGGGUCAUUGUUUUUCCCUUUAUGUAUAUAGUAAAAACUUAAAAAAUCUUCUUUUAAAAAACCUUUAGAGCUAGAGCUAAGAUAUUUAGCAUGAAACAUCUUCUAAUGGGUGUCUACCAUUUUUGUUCAAAUAAGGGCCCUGGGGUUAAAAUUGGCCCCGCCCCGGGGAUCAUUGAUUUUCCUUAUAUGUAUAUAGUAAAAACUUAAAAAAUCUU